AAAAAUCGACAUUCGUUCGCAGACCGCCAAGGAGAUUCCAACCUCACGAUGCCGUCCAUCCGCCCGCUGAGUCCUGAGCUCCAGAAGAACGCCAUCGAGAAGCUGAACGAGGUGCCCAGCAAGCUCGAUGACGACAUUGCCGCUCUGCGGGAGUGGAUAAGGCAGCAGCCUCACCUGAAGGCUCGCACUGAGGAUCAGUUUUUGGUAAACUUCCUGCGUGGAUGCAAGUUUAGUUUGGAAAGGACCAAGGCCAAGAUCGACAGGUUCUACACGCUGCGCACCAAGUAUCCCGAGUAUUAUGGCGGACACAAUAUGGACGUGGACAAGACUCUGGAGAUCUUUAAGCUGGGUACCAUUAUUCUACUGCCACGUCCACUGAACGAUAAUGGGCCACGUCUUGCUUUGAUCCGCAUGGCCGCUUAUGAUCCCGAUAAGUACACAUUUCAGGAGGUAAACCGAGCCAGUGCUCUUAUGCAGCAAAUCAUGCUCGACGAGGACGAUGUGGCCAUUGUGAAUGGCAUGAUAUCCAUAUUGGAUCUGGCCAAUGUUACCACCGGCCACUUUUUGCAAAUGACACCUUCGUUUGCCAAGAAGAUGACGGUCUUCCAGGAGGAGGCCCUGCCCCUGCGACCCCAGGGCAUUCAUUUUAUCAAUACACCCAACGGUUUUGAGACGAUCUUCAACAUGAUCAAGCCCAUGAUGUCCAAGAAACAGCAGGGUCGCCUCUAUGUCCAUGGAAGCAAAUGGGAAGCACUCUAUAAGCAAAUUCCCAAGAAAUAUCUGCCCGUUGAGUAUGGUGGAGAAAACGGUUCGAUUCCUGAGCUCCUAAAGGAGUGGGAGCAGCGUAUUCUAGACCAUAGAAGCUACUGGGAGGAGGAGAACAACUAUGGCACCGACGAGAGCCUACGAGUGGGACAGCCCGUCGAUUUUGAGAGCCUCUUUGGACUGCAGGGCUCCUUCCGGCAACUUAAUGUUGACUAAGGAACACCUAAAAAUAGUCUCAACUGCAGCUCUUAUCUUAGCUUACAAAGUUUAGGAACUCAAGUAGCCGAGGGCUUUGUACCUCUAAUCGGUUUUUGAUAAGAUAAAAAUAAUAAUAAAUGAUAAUCAGAACAAAGGAGUAAAAAACAAAUAAAAAACUGAAACUAAAA